UUCCGUGCCGUCAGUGAAGGCAGCAGCAGGACCCAGGGUGUGUGCAGUGAGUCAAGCUGACAGAGGGACACAGGGAGAGGGAAACACGGGGAACAUCUGUGCCUGGUUCCGCCGUGUCCGUCUUCGGUCUCCUCGGGUCUCUCUGCGGUGGUCGGACCGGAUCAUGGACCGGUCUCUGAGCUAGUUCCCGAGGAAAACACGGACCGACCCCCGGAGCUAAACCUGCAGGUGGAGCCUCCAUCAUCUUCACCAUCAUCUCCGCCAGUUCCGCCCAGAGGAGCCCGAGCAGCGCAGCCAGGAUGCAGACCUUCCUGAGGGGUCGCCGGGUGGGAUACUGGCUCAGCGAGAAGAAGAUGAAGAAGCUGAACUUCCAGGCCUUCGCGGAUCUCUGCAGGAAAAGGGGAAUAGAAGUCGUACAGCUGGACCUCAGCCAGCCUCUGGAGGACCAGGGUCCGCUGGACCUCAUCAUCCACAAACUGACCGACCUCAUUCUGGAAGCGGACCAGAACGAUUCACAAGCCGUGCUGCAGGUCCAGAGAGUACAGGACUACAUUGACGCACACCCUGAGACCAUCGUCCUGGACCCUCUCCCUGCCAUCCGAACCCUGCUGGACCGCUGCAAGUCCUACCAGCUCGUCCACAGAAUAGAAAAGUGUAUGCAAGAUGAGAGGAUUUGCUCUCCUCCGUUCAUGGUCCUCAACACGGAGUGCACCCCGGAUGUUCUGGAGCAGAUCAAGCUGCAGGGUCUCACAUUCCCCUUCAUUUGCAAAACUCGUGUGGCUCAUGGCACCAACUCCCAUGAGAUGGCCAUUAUCUUCAGCGAAGAGGACCUGAAGGACGUGAAGCCUCCGUGUGUGAUCCAGAGCUUCAUCAACCACAACGCGGUGCUGUACAAGGUGUUUGUGGUGGGGGACUCCUACACCGUGGUGGAGAGGCCCUCCCUGAAGAACUUCCCUGCUGGGCCUGCAGGUGAGCAGCGGCUGAGGAGUCCAGAGGCGGCGCACAUCCACACCGAAAGAAAAGCCAUUUUCUUCAACAGCCACAACGUCUCCAAACCCGAGUCGUCUUCAGACCUGACCUCGAGGGAGAACGUGGAGGGCGUGUCCCAGCCGCCCUGCGAUGAUGUCAUCAGGGAGCUGUCCAGGUCGCUGCGGCAGGCGCUGGGUGUGUCCCUGUUCGGCAUCGACGUCAUCAUCAACAACCAGACGGGUCAGCACGCGGUCAUCGACAUCAACGCGUUUCCCGGUUAUGAAGGCGUUCCGGAGUUCUUCAACGACCUGCUGAGCCACAUCAGCGGCGUCCUGCAGAGCCACAACCCGGACUUCGUUCCUGCCGGAGAUCAGCCCAAAGGCCUGACGGUGAGCGGCGGCGCCGGUGGCGCCGGCCCCCAGGCUCCAUGCGGCUGCAGCAGCGUGCGCGGGAAGGAGCUGCAGAGACUGGGCUGCAACUCGGCCAUGUCGCCCAACUUCCAGCAGCACUGCGUCUCCACGAUAGCUACGAAGGCCUCCUCCCAGUGACUGAGCCCGGCCCGACCCGGCCCGCUUGAUUCCUCAGCAAAUCACAGUGGUGACAGUAAUAAUAAUAAUGAAGAUGAAUAAUAAUCAGAGUAAUUAUGAUGUUAAUAAUGUAUCUAAUCAAAAAUAGGCCUCUUCCUCUGUGGUUACUGAAACUGUUGGUGAUUGGGUGUAAGCUUCUUUCCUCUCUGCCUUUUUGUACAUUUGGUUCUGUCCAAUGAGACUGUAUCAGUACUGUAAUGUGAACCUUUGGGAACCGAACAGCUGAGUUCAGUUUCGCUGUAAAGAAAGAGUCCAGGCGAGGUAGCUAACGGCGGCUAACGGCCCGAUCCCGCCAAACGCUUAGACUGAAGCACAUCCGCAAUGUGACGGGCCGCGGUCCUGCGGGCCGCUGUCGGGUCAGAAGAAGGGAGUUCUUCUCGAAGUGCCAUGAAGUUAGUUUGAGAGAGAAGAGUUGAACAUCCGUGAUCACGUGACCAAGUUUGGUGGCGUUUCUGCAGCUGUUUGGCUCCAGAUGUUGAUUCUCUGCAACCACAUUCCCCGUUCUGCAUGUCUGCAAAGAAAUUCCAGGAUUGAUUUCCGAUAUUCCAGUGGAUCGUCUCCUUAAACGAGCGUGUCACUUUAAAACAAUAAACUAAAAGAUUCGAGAUUUUCAAAGUGUGAGACGCCUGAGCUCCUCAGAAAAAAUAUCCACAAACAUUUAGCCAACUUCACAAAGCUAGAGACAAAUGGGUAAAUAUUUAGAACCUAAAUCAGUUUCAUUUCUGGUGAUUAUUUAAAGUUUGGAUUUUCAUGGUUUGGAUGUUAAGAUGCUCCACUAUGGGGCAAUAAUUGAGUUAUUUAGCAGAGCAAAAAAAUGUAAAUCAUAUUUUCUUUGUAUUACUCAUUUAUUUAUAAAUGUCAGUUUCAAACGAAAUAUUAAGUUAGCUGCUAAAUAUUUAGCUUCAAUUAAAUGUUUACUUAGCCAGCUUAAUGUUUACCUUAAAGCAAAUAUUUAUUUUGCAAAUUAGAUAUUUAGCUUCAAUCUAGAUAUUUAGCUAGGAAGCUGAAUAUUUAACUUCAAACUAAAUAUUUAGCUUUCAUCUAAAUGUUUAGUUGGCAAGCAAAAUAUUGAGUUUGAAACAAAAUGUUUUGUUAGCGAAUCAUAUUUAGUGUGAACCAAAAUAUUUGAUUCAAACUAAAUAUUUAGAUUGAACCAAAUCUGGAUAUUUAGUUAAAUCUAAACUAAAUAUUUAGAUUGAAACUAAAUAUUUAGUUUGAAGCAAAAUAUUAAGUUAAGUGAAAUAUUUAGUUUCUAUCUAAAUGUUUAUUUAGCAAACUGAAUACUUAAUCUAAAGCUGCAUAUCAAGUUUGAAACUAAAUGUUUAGUUAGCAAGCUAAACAUUUAGCUAAAAACAAAUAUUUAGGCAUUUGCCUUCAAACUAAAUAUUUGAUUUUGUUUCACAUAUUUAGCUUUAUAUGAUGAUUAGAUGAUUUCAUAUAAAGCUAAAUAUGUGAAACAAAAUGUUUUGUUGGAGAAUCUAAAUAUUUAACUUCAAACUAAAUACUUAAUUUGAAGCUAGGUAUUUAGCUUCAGUCUAAAUAUUUUGAAUGAGGCUAAAUAUUUAGCACAGCCAAAGGUAUUUUGGUGUUUUAGCAGGUAAACCACCUCCAGUAACUUUAACAGAUUUUCAGAAACAACAUUGAUGAAAUGGAGGACAGUUUUCUAUUUGCUCUCACACUUUGAAAACUUCUGGUCUGGAUGAUUUAAGGAAGAAUCUGUUUUCCUGUCGCUCAUCCUCUCCUGCAGAACUCCUGUCUGUCGCUUCGCUGAGCUCGGUUCUGACCCGGUUCCUCUUCCAGCUGCUGUAUCCGUGUGAAGGGAGGAGGUCCAGCUCUUGUUCCCAGUGUUCACUGUGAUUUCUUUUUUUUUUUUAACUCUGGUUUGUUUAUACUUUUGUCUUGACAUCUAAUGAGAGUAACUUUAUUUUAUUGAGAUUUUAUGGGAAAAUGUUUUAUAUAAAUAAACUGAGAGCAGUGAUGUUUUUGAGCAUAUUUUACAGUAAAAUGGCUCGCAUGUUGAUCAAAUCAAACCAGAACCGCGGUUCAGUCUGUAAAUGAUUGCACUCCUCUGAGCCUGAAUCCUGGAGAUCAUUCCUCCCAUUUUAUUUUCCAUUUAAUUGUCUCUGCAGCUUCCUCAUCAGCAUCUCUCUGGGCCAGAACCUUUAAAUCUAUACUGGUGAUCCGAACUACAGCGUUGUCAGGAGAAUCUAAUGCUUCCCUGUACUUCCUGUUCUUCACGGUGAAAAUAAUCUGCAGCCCAGACUGUUUCCUGCUCCUAGCUUCACCUCAAUGUUUACUUCUUGGGUGUCUUGUAUAAUGUUUAUAUGCGCCGAGGCUUAAUUCCAUAUAGUAUGUUUUGUAAGAGUUCUGUAAUUAAGAUCCACAAUUUUGACCUUUUUUUAAUUAAAGGGCCAGUACAACAGGCAAAAAUAAACAUGUGAAACCUC